AUGAAUUCGAAGCAAUACCUUUCAUACGGCUCUGCAGACAAUACUCAUCCCACUGAUAUAUUUGCUUUGGCUGUGACCGAAAAGCAGAUUUUGUCAGCAUCAGGGUCCAAUGCUCUCCAGGUUCAUUCGACGACCAACCCUGAUUUUCCCUUAGUCCAAACCCUUGAAGCCCAUAAGGCCGGAUGCCAUCAUGUGGUGACCGAUGCAAAAGGAUCAAGGGCCGUCAGUGUUGGCUUUGGGGGUGAGGUCGUAAUUUGGGAGUCUCAUGAGGGGACGUGGUCUAAGACAAAGGAUGUUGUGCUUGCGGAUAUCUGGGCCGUUGCCCUCUCUGCCGACGGCCAGUACUUAGCCGGUACCACGCAGGAUGGUCACGUCAAGGUCUGGGACAUGAACGCAAACGAGGAAGAAAUACGUGAUCACGAAACAAAGGGCAGUUUUGGAACCUGCAUAGACUUGUCACCGGACGGGCGAUUCAUUGCCAGCGGCCAUGAGAAUGGCAGCGUAUACAUUUUCAGUACAGAAACGGGACGCAUGCCAUUUAGUCUAUCAGGUCUGGUAAAACCGGUACGGUCCGUUGCCUUUUCCCCUGGUGGGAAAUUCCUCGCUGCGGCUGGGGACUCUAGAGUGAUUGUGCUAUACGAUACAACCUCUGGCGAGCAGGUGGCAAGCCUUACCGGUCAUGCUGCAUGGAUUCUAUCACUCUCCUGGAGCAAUACUGGAGAAUAUCUCCUAAGCGGAUCAUUCGACGGCAAAGUCAAAGUUUGGUCAAUUGAUACGAGGAACUGUGUUGCAACCCAUUCCGAAACCGAAAGAGCCAUUUGGAGCGUGAUAUGGUUGCCUAAGAUCGGAAAGUCAGAGGGAUUUGCUACGGCUGGUGCCAAUAGAAGCAUAUCUUUCUACAGGGAAGCCACAGGAGGUUGA